CCUCUCUGCCUCUCUGAUGAAAACGAACACUCCCGCCUCGCUGCGCGUUCUUCCCAAUCACGUCUCGCGAUAUUUGCGGAGCGGUGGCGUUGUUCGGGCGAGCCGACGACGAGACCGUAGCUGUCUGGAAAUCUGUCCUGUGGGUUUUAGACGAACGCAUUCUUCAUAUUAAACAUUUCAGCGCGUCCGACCGCUCGAUCGCUUGACGCUUCUACACGGGCCGCAGUUAGUUUUCUGAAUCAGACUGGAGAAUGGCUGCUGCUGAGGUGAACGGUAGUUCUGCCCCGGUGAAGGAGGAGGAGGAGCCCAUGGAUGUGACAACAACACACUCGGAGAACUACCAGACACUCAUCGACGCUGGGCUGCCCCAGAAAGUGGCCGAAAGUCUCGACAACAUCUUCCAGACGGGCCUGGUGGCGUACGUCGAUCUGGACGAAAGGGCCAUCGAUGCUCUGAGGGAGUUCAACGAGGAGGGAGCGCUUACUGUGCUGCAGCAAUUCAGAGAGAGUGAUCUGUCCCAUGUACAGAAUAAAAGUGCGUUCCUCUGUGGAGUCAUGAAGACCUACAGACAGAGAGAAAAACAAGGAAGUAAAGUGCAGGAGUCCACCAAGGGCCCAGAUGAGGUGAAAAUUAAGGCUCUGCUGGAGCGGACAGGGUACACCCUGGAUGUUACAACAGGGCAGAGAAAAUACGGCGGUCCCCCACCUGAGGACAUAUUCAAAGGACUUCAGCCAGGGAUUGGAACUGAGGUCUUUGUUGGAAAAAUCCCCAGAGAUUUGUAUGAAGAUGAGCUGGUGCCGCUCUUUGAGUCUGCCGGUUCAAUCUGGGACCUCAGGUUAAUGAUGGACCCUCUCUCUGGUCAGAACAGAGGUUAUGCCUUCAUCACAUACUGCAAUAAGGAUGAUGCACAAAAGGCUGUGAAGCUUUGUGAUAACCAUGAAAUCCGCCCUGGCAAGUACUUGGGAGUGUGUAUAUCUGUUGCAAACAAUCGCCUGUUUGUCGGAUCAAUUCCAAAGAACAAGACACGGGAAAGUAUAUUGGAAGACUUUGGCAAAGUAACAGAGGGUCUCCAAGAGGUGAUAUUGUACCAUCAACCAGAUGACAAGAAGAAGAACCGUGGCUUCUGUUUCCUGGAGUACGAGGACCACAAGUCCGCGGCACAGGCUCGCCGCCGCCUCAUGAGUGGCAAGGUCAAGGUGUGGGGGAACGCGGUCACCGUGGAGUGGGCUGAUCCUGUUGCUGAGCCAGACCCAGAGGUCAUGGCCAAGGUGAAGGUGCUCUUUGUCAGGAAGCUAGCCACGGCGGUGACAGAAGAGCUUCUUGAAAAGACCUUCUCUCAGUUUGGAAAGCUUGAGCGAGUAAAGAAACUUAAGGACUAUGCUUUUGUUCAUUUCGAAGAAAGGGAUGCUGCUGUAAAGGCGAUGGAUGAGAUGAAUGGGAAGGAGUUAGGAGGAGAGGAAAUUGAGAUUGUUUUGGCAAAGCCCCCAGACAAGAAGAGGAAAGAGCGCCAAGCAGCUCGGCAAACCACCAGGAAUACAGGGUAUGAUGACUACUACUACUACCCACCUCCACGCAUGCCACCACCAGGCCGAGGUAGGGGUCGCGGGGGCCGAGGGGGCUAUUCCUACCCUCCAGAUUACUAUGGAUAUGAAGAUUACUAUGAUGACUACUACGGCUACGACUAUCAUGACUACCGUGGUGGCUAUGAAGACCCUUACUACGGCUACGAUGAUGUGUACAGCAUGAGGGGCCGUGGUACUCGUCCUAGCAGGGGAGGUCCUCCUCCACCCAGGGCUCGUGGAGCACCACCAGCACGCGGCCGGGGUGGCUACGCCCAAAGAGGGCCCCCCCUUGGUGGUCCGAGGGGCGGCCGUGGUGGGCGCGGAGCCCCUUUCCAGCCACAGAGGGGCCGUGGUCCUCGUGGGGCCAGAGGCAAUCGCGGGGGCAAUGUCGGCGGGAAAAGGAAGGCAGACGUGUUUAACCAGCCUGACUCCAAGCGCCGCCAGACCAACAACCAACAGAACUGGGGGUCCCAGCCCAUCGCCCAGCAGCCCCUGCAGCAAGGGGCCGACUAUUCCGGUGGAGAAGCAUUGCGGGCGGCACCACUAGCAUGAGGAACUCACCUGAACUGUACUCAAGGGUGAGCUAGCCUUGCACAGAGUACUGUCUCCUCUCCUGUAGCCAAUUGUAAUCACUGGAGAAACACUAGCCAUAAUUCUACUUUGCUCUUUUUUUAUUUUAAUAAUUUCCUCACUAUUGUACUGUACAGGGGAUAAAGUUGUUUUUUUUGUAUUAUGUAGGAGACUGAUUUUCUUUUUCCAGGAUGUGAAGAAUACAAGUCACUAAAAGUUGACUGAAGAAUCGUAUGAAAAUAUUAAGGUUAAAGGUGUUACCAGAGUGUUUCUGGGGAUUUAAUUACGCGUGAAAAGUGCACAUUUCCCUCAAAUGGUGCAUAUUUUUUCCCCCUCAAAGUCAUUCACAAUUUUAAGAUCCAUGUGUCUGCUGCUUUAGACUUGACUUAGUUUUACUGUCAAGGAUUUGGUAAGCGCUAUAAAAAUCAAACCCCUGCAAGCACCUGUUGCCUUUCCUUACUGCACCAAAAUGACCUCAGCUGUCUACACACACACUCUGUGAGUGGAGGGAGGGGUGGGCAUUUCCUCUUCUGCACCACUAGAGGUAGCAGUUCAUUACCGUCUAUUGCUCCAUUGUUCCCAUAUCCUAUGCUGCGUUUAUUGGCCACUUUUAAAGAUUUACAGGUGUUAAUUAAUCGGUAAAUAAUCACUAGAGGAGCUGUUUGUAAAAUGUAUUCCGAUUGCAGGAGGGACACUGGGUUUGAUAUAGAUGAAAUUGGCUGAUUUCAGAACAAUGGAUAUGCCUCAAAACUGGUGUCUUUACCCUUUAACACCACAAGAUGGCAGUAGGAGGGCCACAUGGUUUAUAUCUCACAGGCAGUAAAAGGAGCUGCCCUCGUCCAUGUGAAUGAGUUCACACAAUGGAAGGGACCGAUUGGUCUGAAUAAGGAGACGGUUCUCCACGAGGCGCAUGCAGGACCCAUCGCAGGGAUUCACAUCUGUCAGAGUCGUGUAUCCGAGGUCCAGCACCAACGUGAGCUAGUUUCCCUGGAAACGCCUCAGCAGGCGACAGAGAAGCGUAGGAGGAUACAGCUGACGGUCGUGUCAUGAUCCAGAGCUCCAUCCAGCAGAAUAAGGCUUCCUCGUCCAUCUAAAAGACAUGUCACUGUGAAGGGAAAUCAUCUGUUUCUCUUGAUUGUUCAAUAAAUGUAUUUCCCAAGUAA